AAAGAAGUAUUAUGCAUAGAUAGAUGUGACUGUAUAUAAUUUGUGUGUAGGUAAGAGAGAAGAUAAUAUAAUCGUGGUGACAGAAGUAUAGAGAGCACAAAAGAGUAGCUAGAGAUGCAGCAGGCUCUUCCUGCUCUCUAUAUUCUGUCAAAAACUAGAAACGUUCAAGCAAUCAAGCUUAAUGUUACUAUACAAAGAAAGAACGCAUAUAACCAGAUUUAGUUAGGCGUUAUAACAUAGUAGUGGAACUGUUACAGUCUUACAGACUAUUAUGUUAUAUGCUCAAAAUUUUAGAGGCUAAAAACAAAUAAUUUUUCUUAAGAUCGUGGGAGUUAUGCCCAUAUAUCUUGUCGAAAGUAUUUGAAAAUUUUAAUUUGAAAAAUAAGAAGUUUGAAACCUAGACUCAAAGGAACCAACUUUCUAUUAGGCUACCACCACUUUGCAAAUAAAUGAAUAUCUUCAUUUAGGUAUAGUUAUUUUUGUUUUAAAGCCACAUCCAAUGGUGAGAAAAAAAAAGACAAAAAAACAAGGGAAAAACAAAGUAAUAUAAUGUUCUGAAAAAAAAAACUUAAUUUUGCGAUAAAACAUAUUUAUCGUCGAUCUUUCCUCCCCAAAAUCACAAAACCGUUCUUUAUCAAAAAAAAAAAAAAAAAUCACAAAACCAUUCACAUCUUCAGAAGUUAUUGUUUCAUUGAUUCGUUUGUAAAUUGCAACGCAACCGUAAUAGAAACAUUAAUUAGGGUUUUUAAACCUCGAUCGUCCAUCGUUUCUUUUCGCAUUUUUACCAGGUAACCUUUUUAUUCCAUCAUCUUUAUGUCUAAUUGUUUAUUCAUGUAUGUAUGCAUGAUUAAAUUAUUUAUUUUAUUUUUUUCGAUAAAUAAUUCCUUCAUUGCGUUGAUCGAUGAUAUGAACAAGAAAACAAACAAAAUCUAAGUAUAUUUUCGCUCGUUUUAGAAUUUUUUAUGCACAACACAAUUAAAAUUUAGUUCUGAAAAAAAGAAGAAUAGAUUGUGUAUACAUAUGUUACAAUGAAACUGCUGUUUUUAGGUCGAUGUAAUUAGCCUGCGAGAUGGGUAAGAUAACGCUUGGAUCUCACACGGUAAAGAGCCAUGGAUGGAAAGUGGCUCGAGAACAUCUAAUUGACUGGAUCAUCCUCGUCCUCCUCGGUAUCGUCAUCAUUGUUCUCAACAUUAUGGAGCCUUUUCAUCGCUACAUCGGGCCAGACAUGUUGACCGAUCUAACUUUCCCAUUGUAUCAGGACACCAUCCCUAUUUGGGCUGUCCCGAUUAUUUGUAUAUUGGUUCCGAUAUGCAUCUUCACAGUGUACUAUUACUUUGGAAGAGAUGUUUAUGAUCUUCAUCACGCCAUUCUCGGUAUUGGAUUCUCAUGUCUUGUAACUGGAGUCACCACUGAUUCCAUCAAAAACGCGGUCGGUAGGCCACGACCUAACUUCUUCCACCGAUGUUUUCCCGAUGGUAAAGCGAAAUUUGAUUCGGUUACUAAGGAUGUUGUGUGCCACGGACUUAAAAAGAUCAUCAAAGAAGGUUACAAGAGUUUUCCUAGCGGUCACACUUCCUGGUCCUUCGCCGGUUUAACUUUCCUUGCAUGGUACUUAUCGGGGAAGAUCAAAGUCUUUGACAGAAGAGGACACGUGGCAAAGCUAUGCCUUGUGUUCUUACCAAUACUCGUCGCAGUUCUCAUCGGAAUAACACGCGUCGACGACUAUUGGCACCAUUGGACCGACGUCUUCGCCGGUGCGAUCAUCGGAAUAUUUUUCGCUUCUUUAUCUUACCUCCACUUUUUCCCUUACCCAUACGACGACAAUGGAUGGGCACCACAUGCGUAUUUUAGAAUGUUGGCCGAGAGUAGUCGUCGUGACACAACGAUGACUCGGAGCAGUUCACGAGAGAUGUUGGAAAACGACGUUGAGCUUGGCUCUACCUCCAUGCCGCACCACCGUAAUCGAGGAAGCACUGAUUCUGAAUGAUAAUAUUCCCUGUGCACAUUUUAAUUUAUUUAUGUGUAUAAUUUAUAACUACAUGAUUAUACAUGUCUGACCUACUGGUAAUUUGAUACUACAGCUCAAAUGUUACUUUGCCUAAAAUAUACAUUUCAAUAUGUAGCAUAUAACUGUUGUUAACCGUGUUCUCAAAGAUGUUGUUUGGUUAGCAUUGGUUUAGUUUGGUUCAUAAUUUUCUCUCUGGGUUCUGAUUUCAACGUUGGAUCCGUAUAAAUUAAGCAAAGUGUUUCUUCCUUCAAAAUAUUUGUAAUUUUAACCGUUUUUUUGGUCAAACAGAGGUUCUGUGUACUCAAGUUUAGCUUCCAAAACUAAUUUUUUUAUCUUCCCAUAAUUUGGAAUAUCUAGCGGGCCAAGGUACAACCGACUAAUCUUAUAGGAGCUUGUUUACCAAUAUCAGACAUAUCUGAAUGUUUGCAAUGAAAACUAAAUAUUCAUGUCGUAUAACCACACAAACACGUAAAUCUACGUUUGAUAGUUUCAAACUCAACACAUUUUCAUGUCCGCCGUACCAUUCUACCAAGCUUAUGUGGUUAACAAAGUUGAAAUACAUGAAAACAAACAAAGAUAACUAUUUAACGUGACGUUAGUUUUAAAGGGUCUCUAUUGUGCUACUUUUUUCUUUACGACAUCUCUCUAUUGGAGGGCCGUCUAGCAACACCGCAAGUGGAGCGGUCGAACAGGACCCAAAAUAUAAAAACAAAAAAGUUUAAUUUUUUAAAAAAGUAGAUAGAUAAAUUAUGGUAAGAAACUUUAAAAUUUUUGAUAUAAUGUUAAAUUUAGAAUUUAUAAUUAAAAAAAUUAAACAAAAUUAUUAAAUUUUAAAAUUACUUAAUAAAAUAUACGAUUAAUAAUUUUUUUAAAUAUGGUCUAAAAUUAAUUUGAGACGAUCCUGCUCUAUUGUACUACAAUUAGUGCUCCAUCUUCGGAUAAAUGAAUCUUAAUGAAGUGUCAUGUUGGGAAUCGAACGUGAAACGUCCGGUUGAAGUGAACCGGACACGGUCACCGAAAGUUAUCCACAUGGGUUUGGUUUUUCAUUUUCCCAUAAGGUCUAGAUUCAUCGAUCUUCUUCGGAGACGAUCCAUUUCAUUAAACAAUAUUUUCAUCUUUUGAUAACCAGUGAACAAAGCAAAACUACAUUUGUUAUAUGACUUAUAAAAUGCAUGCAUAUGAAUCAUUUCAUAUUCAUUUUCAACAGAAUAUGGAGUAUUACUUACAUGGAAGUUUUUUACAACUUUCCGCAAACAAAUUGCAGCUAGCUGUAAUGUUGGAAAUUGUAAAUAAUUUAAAGUUAACCAUGUUAAAUGACAGAAAUAAGAAUCAUAUUUUAUCAAACACUAGGAUCGGCCCGCCCUACGGGCGGAAACAUCUGAAAAAACUGUUUUAUAUAAAAAUAUAUUUUACUUUUAUAAAUAUUUAUUCUAAACUGAAAGCAAUAUUAUUAACAAACAAAUAAUAAAUAAAAUUUUGAGAUUAUAUUGUUAUUUUUAAUAAAUAUAUUUUGUUUUAAGAUAAAAAUAACAUUAACAUUAAAAUUCACUAUUUUAUAUUUUAUAGAGAACACAAAAUUAAUAAGAAUAAUCCAAAAUAUGUAAUGAUAUAUACUACUUGGUAUUAGUUAUCUAGUAGCCGGUGCAGCGCAGAAAUGAGGUACUUGUUAUUUGAGUAAUUUUUUUUGUUGAAAGCAAUUAUUAUUUGUUUGUUUGGUUAUCAUUUACAUAUAAUGAGUGGAUGAAUUCUUAUGGUUGUAAAGAAUUUUGUCCGGCAAAAAGUGAUUGUGUGAAAGAAAGUUGUAUGAUCGCAAUAUGAGUUAUUUGUGCAUAUUCAGAAAAAUCUUUUCUGUUGAAAUAGAGAUGCAGUGGUCAGAUUAUUUUUAUUUUAAAAAAAAAACGUGAGCUUUUAAGAAUGUUGUCGGUGCAAAAAAAUUAUACAGUAUUUGUUUUGGUUAACAUUUUAGAUUUUAUAUCUUUUACGUAUAGAUUUGAGUGUUUACUUGCUGUCAAAUAUGUAUUAUGAAAUUACAUCUCUGGUAAAGAAAAGAAGGAGAAGGAAAGGCUUUUUGAUGGUUUCCAUCUUUAGGUUUGGAUUUCUCUUUUAAGGUGCUCAUCGUUUGCUUGGUCAUCUUUCAUUUUGUGAUGACUUGAGCUACAUCUGUUCAUCACAUUUGAUAAAAAAAAAAAAAAAAAAAAUUUACAAAAAAAAAAAAUAUAUAUGUAUUAUGAAAUUGCUAUUAUAAUUUUUAGCAUCCAUCUAGGUAGUGUGUUUUCUAGUGAAAAUACAUUCUCAUCUUCGUACUUGCGUGAAUUUAUUUUUGUGUAGUAUUAUAUAUAUUUUAUUAAAUGUAUGUAUAAGUUUUAAGUUUGAUGGUGGUAAAAGCGGAAAAAUAUAUAUUUUUUAACUUUUGAUAUUUGUUUAUAUUUAUAUAUAUAUAUAUAUAUAUAUAUGAGUUUUUAUUCUCUGUUAAAUAUAUUUAUAAAUUUUACUAUUUACCAUCUAUUUCGUUUGUAUUUUUUUUUUUAGAGAUUUACAUUCUUAUUUCAUAUUUUCAUGAGAUUAUAUGUGUAGUAUUUUAUAUAUUUUAUUUAAAUAUUUGUUAAAUUUGUAAGUUUAACGGUGGUAUAUGUAUCUCUAAGAAUUGUUUUUAGCUAAUCUAGCAUGUUCAUGUAGAUGUUUUUUUGGUCAUAAACCAGAAAAAGCUAUAAGCCUAUUUUACUAAAUAAUUUUAAUAAUAAUUUUUCUUUUUAUAACUAAUUUUAGAAUAGUUUUAAUUUAUAUGUAAAUUUUAAUUAGGACUGUAGUUUACACCAAAAUCCACAUAAGCGUAAAACACAGCGGAAGCAAUCUAUAAGAUUUUUCAGUUUAACUUACUACAAACCUAAACCAUUCUAAUUUAACCAUUCAUAUUUUGUAUCUUUUCAGAAUCAUUAUCUAUAUACUUUAUUUGACAUUUUUACGUAAUUUAUUUACGUAAUUUUAAACAUAACAGAAUGUAUUGAAGUUUGGCAUAGCUUUUCUAUAUAUAGUUGCUAAUGGUGAUGACGACCUAAAUGCUUUAUAAGAUAUUCUAACGUACACUUUAGUAAGUAGAUUUAAAUUUUUCUUUAAUAUUUCAUAUAUAUAUAUAUUGGUUUAUUUUUUUUCAAAAAUCUUGGCUGUAAUUUAAUUUUAUUGAUUAAAACAUAUUAAGAAAUUUAAAUUUCGGUUCAUUUUGAGUUUUUGCUUCCCAGAGUUGUGCGUGUAGUAUAAACUCAGAUUUUUGAGAAGCUGGCUUUCAGGGACGAAGUAAUAUGUCUCUUUGGUUAGAUGUUUCAGAACAUCGUUUCCUUGGCUUGUGUAGAUCCUGCUCUUGAGUUGCUCUCGGGCCUACCGUGUUGGUCGUGAACGGUUUGCCUUAAUACCUCGAGACUUAACACCGUUGGUUUAAGGAUAUAUACAUCAUUGCAGUGCUUUUAAGUUCUAUAUAUUACGUUUUAUAUCAGUUAUGAAAGAAGAAAAGCUUUCUAUUGCUAUUACGUUUUAAAGUUCUAUUUCUUUAUGAAGGUACCAUAAAUAUAUUUACAUGACUUUAAAGAUCCCAAAUACUUUUUUUACAUCAUGAUCUCAUUUGUGAUAAUCUCCCAACCCAGCAAUAGUUGGAUCCCAUUAACAAUCACUAAUCUUCAUACCAAAGCACAAUCCAAGAUGAUACAAUAUUUCAUCAUCAAAAAGAGAAAGUUUCAUCCAUUACUUGUGCCACAGCGAGUGAAGCUCUAUGCGUAGGGAUCAGAUUCAUCACCUCUCUCAUAGCUUUAACCACUAAAGAGAUCUCCUUGCAAUGGUUAAACAACAUCUUAGUCCUAGUGUGGGGUAGUAACAA